AUGAAGUUGCUGGCAUAUCUUACGAAGGUAUCUGAUUAUGAUAAGAGUCAACAAGCGGUUUUUGUGAUUCUGGGUGAACGCUGGCAAAGAGUUGAGACACGCAGAUUCAUUGUGAAGGUGUCGGAUCAUAAUUUGACCGGGAAGAUACAAGCCAUAACUGCCACAAAGAUACUCCCACCAGAAGCUCCACAACCUGUAGCAGACUUGGAAGAUGAAGCUAUUCCAGCGGCUACCGGUGAUGUUUUGAAGACUGGUAGUGAGGAAUCUGGUCCUUCCACUGGUGUUGAGGAUUCUGGUGGUGAUAGGAUUCGAAAAGCAUCUGAGAGUCUUGGCACAGAGGAAGCCAAGCGUUACAAGAAUUGCUAA